ACCCCGGGGCGGAGGGCGGGGCGGCGCGAGGCGAGGCGCGCGUUUGCACCGCGAACCCGUCAGAGCCGAGGCGCGGGAGCCCGGGCGCGGAGCCGGAGCCUUAGCCCGCCCCGCCCCGCCCCGCGCCCGGAUGAGGAGCGAUGCUGCUCGGUCUGGCCGCCCCCCGCGUGCACCGCGCCGGAGACAAAGCCCGCGCGCCCCGCUCCGGGUGAGCCUCAAAGCAGGAGCCCCGAGUCAGCCUCUCAUCUGACAGCUGCCACCUGCCACCCCUGGACUGCCCCCUGCCCGGACCUGUGACCACGCUGCCUCUCGCAGGGGCAGCGGAAUGAAAGAAGGCAUGUCCAGUAGCAGCACCACGAGCAUCUCCCAGGCCAGGAGGGCCGUGGAGCAGCUGAAGAUGGAGGCCUGCAUGGACAGGGUGAAGGUCUCCCAGGCGGCGGCCGACCUCCUGGCGUACUGCGAGGCCCACGUGCGGGAGGACCCUCUCAUCAUCCCAGUGCCUGCGUCAGAAAACCCCUUCCGCGAGAAGAAGUUCUUUUGUACCAUCCUCUGACUCCGAGUGUUACCAAAGUAUCUUCCUAGCCUCCCCGGCAGAGGCCGCGCAUGCUCUUCGCUGCAGGGAGCCCCGCCGCCCGCCCCUCCCGGACCAGGUCGGCCCCGCCCGCCGCGGCUUCUCAUUGGUUUUCGUCAUUGCGUUCGAUUUCACUUUUUCUUUUCGUUUUCAUGUGAUUUUCAUGAUUAGCAAAGAAAACAGACAUUUUUGUAGCCAAAUAACGUGUGCCAAGUAAAAAUAAGUGUGGGUCCAAGGGCUUAAUUUUUUUUUUAACCAUCUAAUUCCCGAGUUUACAUACGUCAAGUUUAUGCACUGCAAUGUGUCCUUUAUGGAGGAGGAACAAAUAUACUCCACAGUCCCCCAUUCACAGAAAUUCAGGGUCAGGUUAGAGCUCACUGACCAGCUGAAGAAUAUGGGUCAAGUUUCCAGCUCUCGAGUCAAGUUUCCGUUCUGGAAGCUUUCUGUUUCCCGCUCUUCCGUCUUCCUGCUGAAAAGCAAACAGCGCACAUCAUCGGCUGGUCUUCUACACAUGCGCCCUCCUGGGGCCCAGACCCGUUUCCCACUGACCGUCUGUCACCCGUCACUUCGGAGGCCGUCCUUCUACAAAUGUAGGUGCUGGGCGAAAACUGUAGGGAGCUUAACCGUAAACGUCACACCGCCACAUCUGUUUCUGUGCUCCAGCCGCGUGGCCAGGGAGACCAUCUCCCCUCUCCACAGGCCACCUCUCCCUGCUGCACCUGUCCUGGCUUCUCCCCUGUAGUUCCAACAUGGGCUGCGUUACCAAGGACCCGCUCUGGGCGCAGCGCUGGGCCCUGCGGGGGUUCACCAGGGUGGCUCCAGCCAGAGGAGUGAGGCAGGGCGGCGGCUCACCAGGCACCAUCCGCGGGUAGGAGCAGCCCCACGGAUCCACUCCUCUGACAAGAGAUAAAUGCCCUGUAUACAGCUGUAUAGAAGAGGGAAACCGAGGCACAGAAGGACUGUGCCGUUUCCCUAAGGUUGUAGAUGGUGAGCGGGGAGGCUGGGCCCUGAGUGCAGACAGUGGGGCCCCAGAGCCCAGCCAGAACCCCUGAGUUACCCCGCCUUCCAGAUCUGCCUGUUUGCAGGUAGGUAGGCAGACAUGCAGACGACCUGAGCGACGUGCCAUGAAGCAUCAUCACGGGGGUCCACCCGGCACCCCACUUCUCUCUGCAGGAGCAGGCCUGUCGGGCCUGUCUUCUGAGAGCUUACAGAGGGUUACACAUGGCUGCCCCUGUGAAAGGCUAGAGAGCUCUUGUUUUUCUGAGACAAGCUUGCAGACCCCACCGAAAACAAACUCCUACUGCCCCCGAGAAAGGAAGGGAAACACACCACAGGAGCAGAGGGCGCUUUGUCCAAGUUUGCUUCUGUUCCGUUUGUUUGGAAACUGGGAGCAGCAGCUUACUGUAUGAUACAGGGUGGGCCACUGUGUGUCUGGAAUGUCCCAACCUGCAAAUCAGGGGUGAUGGUAGUUACUCCUUCUGCCUUUCUGUUUGGGACAGAGGGCGGUGCAACGUGGAUGACAGCUCUGAUGAUCAUUUAAAACAAAUGCUCUCAGUGCCCGGUAUAGUACAGGGAAGGAUGAAUGUAUGACUUCACAGAUCCACAAUUCAGUUGGAGGAAUCAUGUAAAAUUGCCUACAAAGAGGCGAAUGUAAUUUUCCGAUCAGUUAAUGACUUGCUACCCUUGUUAGAUGGUUUCAGGACGCUUUUAUUCUCGGCUGCUUUGGGUAAAACCCAUUCUUCAUUUCGUGAAAGCUCCCUGAUAAUGCCAGUGUCCUUAGGAAGCUGUGUGCUCAGCCGGUCUCGGAAUUGUAUGCUGUCCGUGAUAAACAGACUUCACAGCCUCCUCUGUUUUGGUUGAUGACCAGGCUCUCUUUAUUCUGUGGUCCGUGUCAACAUCAUUAACCUGAUAAAGCAAAGCACAAUCCAUAAAAGCACAUUAGAGAGGCUGACAAAGUGGGACAGCCCAGAAACCAGCUAAAUCAGGUCAAGAAAAAAAAAAAUGUGCUUCUGGUCUUAACCAAACUUUCUCCCCUUUGUUUUCACUUUUUGCUGCCCCUCCAGAUUCUCCUCUCCCUUUCCCACUUUCCCCUUUCCCUCCCCUCUUCCUUGCAUCUCUCCAUGAGAUGCUUUCUCUCCUUCCGUGACACCAUUUCCUUCCACACCUACGGCAUUUUGUGUGGCUUGCCCCUUCUAAUGUGUCCCUUAAAGGCAAGUUCAGGCACACGGGCUGUGAGAUAUGCAAACGUGUGCACCAGCCCCCCACCCAGGUCGCUGGGAGCUGAUGAAGUGGGGUGCACCAGUUGUCAUUUGGUGUUUCCAGCUUGGCUGUCUAGCACCUGACCCCUUUCCUAAAUGGGGAACUCACCCCUUAUGUAUAAAUUGGGUGGGAUACAGUACCCCCUCCCACUGUGGAUGCUGAAGUGGGGGAGGGCUUCCCUGUCUCUCAGAUGCACCCCCCUUUCCCAGCACCAGAGUGCCCAGUGACCCAGGGCAGACUCCUAGGACUCCCGUACUUGGGACUGUGAGCUCAGAGCUAGUGACAAAAAUUUAGGGAUGCUGAGAUUUGUUUCAUGAGAGCUGCAGUGGUAGGGGCGGCAGUGGUCGAGCAGGGGAGGUAUCUAGGACUGUAGGCUGCAGGGACGGUGUGUCCACUGGUAACAACGUCGAGGGAUGGCCGAGCCACAAGCAGACCACUUCUGCUCCAUGCUUUGGCCCCACGGAGCUGCCUCGGUCCCUACCCAGGUCUCCUUCCCAGCUUUCUGUCAGUUCUCUGAGCCUCCAAGCUUCAUCCAAGAAAUUCCCUCCUCUUCCACAAAAUAGCCUGGGUUGAAUGUAUGUGUCACAUGACCUAAAAACCCCAUUCCCAAGUGGACAGAAAUGUGUAUGUAUUUUCGCCAAAAGAAGGGUACUAGAAUGUUCUAGAAGCACUGCUCAUAAUAACCCCAGACUGGAAAGCACCCAGAUGCCCAUGUUGAAUGGAAAAACAAAUCACGGUGUGUCUGCACUGUGAAGUCCUGGGAUGCUUCGGCAGUUGCGCACACAACAUCUCACGAGAGAAGGCAGGUCCGGGACCGGGUGGCUCCACAUCUAUCAAGUGCGAACCCCGGCAGGGCUCACCUCUGCUGUGGCGAGCAGGGAGGUGAGUGACUCUGGGGGCCUGGUCACCAGAAGGGCACAAGGGAGCUUCUCAGAUGUUCUGUUUCUUGGUCUGGUUGCUGGUUACCUGGGUGUGUCCAGUUUGUGAAAAUUCUCCACGUGUGCACCCUUUUCUGUAUCGAUGUUGUACUUCAAUAAAACACUGGUUUUGUGG